CUGUCAGCGUUAGAAGGUCGGGUAACAAAUUAGUGGCUGAAUAAGUAUCAUGCAAAUAAUUUGUGGAAGCUGAAAAUGUUUAUUGAAACGACAAAAAAGCGUCAGUAGUUCACUUAGGAUAACGCCCAAGUUAGGCUAAUUACAGUAAUGGGAGUACAAUACAGUACCCGUAAUCGGGGGCGUGGUCAUGUAAAGCUAUGCCUCGCCGUGUGUAUCUAUUAUUGUGUUGAAUGGUGAAGGCCCUGCUAUUUCUGUGGUUCAGACAGAUUGGUGGCUAGCCAGUUUGGGUUGGUAUGCAAUGUAUGAUUAGCAUAGAUGCAUACAUUUCCGAAUCGAAGGAUUAAUUGCUUCGCCAAAAUGUUUUUUAUACGUUUGCUUGAACGUUUACCGCCUGACCUGGAAUCGGUCUUAUUGUAAAAAUGAGGCAUUUUAAGAAUCCAAGCUAGCUGUCUAGCUAGCUUUCCAUCUUGUAAAGUCAAUAUGCUUUGCUAGCGUAACGUUAGCCAAUUUGCUAGCUAACCGUUAGCGGACUAAUCGUGUAAACGUUAGUUAUUUUGGUUUGCUAGCUAACGUUACAUUUUAUUGAUGGGAUAACGUUAGCUGGCAAGGUGUCCUGUAGUUUGUCCAUCUGACUUCCUAAACCUAACUAACGUUAGUUUACCAGCCUCCGCUUUAUUCCUUUAACUAUCGUUUCGUUUACUGGAUUUGACGUAACAUUAGCUGGCACUGGCUAGUAGCUGCAAGAUAUGGCCACUGCCUCUAGCUCCUGUGUGGGGAGAAAUGUGUCUAGAAAUGGACCCUCUGUCUCGACCCCGACCUCGGGAGCACCUGGACAAUCACUGUCUAUGGUCGUUGUAUGGGAAUGGCAGGAUGAUCUUGGCGUCUGGCGGCCGUACAGCGGCCAGGUGAGCGGCUACAUAGAACAAUGUUUCUCUUCUUCGCGGGGACACAGAGGUGGGGGUCCUGGUUCCACCAGUAUCUGGCUCGGACAAUCAGAUCCCAGUUUGUCGCCUUAUCUUAUAGACAUACCAAGCUUGAAGCAGUUCCGCCAAGAUACAGGGAAAACGCGGUCUGUACGCCGCCAAUUGUUUGCCCAGUCCUCAGGCUUGGGUAGCGGAGUAUAUUGGGAGUGGGUGAAUGACGAAGGAGGAUGGACUCCAUACGAGACUCGCACUUCUAUCCUACUAGAACACAGCUACCAGGCACGGCAGGCCACGGCGGACAUUGUCUCACACGGCUAUAACUACAUAGUGGACCUCACGGCGCUGGCCCAGGUCAACAAGGCCACGGGCUACCGGCGGCAGGUACGACGGCAGGGUAACCUCCCCUACCCACUGGCAUCUGGUGCAUCCGUCAUCCACUCGGGCCCGGCCUGCUCCUGCCAGCAGUGUCUGAGCCACAGCAGCACUGGCCCCAUGUCCAGCCGCUCGCGCCACUCCUUCUCGUCGGGGCAGCUGAGCCGGCCUAGCCUCCAGGUCCCUAGCAGGGCGACUGGAGCUCACCCCACCUCAGUGUACUCACCCUACCCCAGGAGGCCUCUUUCUGUGGGGGGAAUGGCGUGGGGAGGCCCCUGGCCACUGGCACCCUCCGCUAGUCAACUCCCUGGAGCUCAACUGGCCUUCUCCACCAGUGCCAAUGGCUUAAGUAUCCCCGCCAUCCCUGUGCAACUGAAUGGAUCCACCAGUGUGAGCUCAGCCCUGGCAGGCAUGGCCUCCAUUUUGAUGUCAGCAGUGGGACUCGGCGUGCGCUUCAUGAGUGCCCCCUCCUCCGCUCCUCCUCCUCCCCCCAGCAGCAGCAGCAGCAGGCCCGCGGGCUCCAAAAGUCGCAGCUCGGUUAGGAGGGAAAAGAGGCAGCACAGGACAGUCCCGGCCCAGAAACCAGAGGAUGUCAUUCACCGCUACAUGGAGGAAGUGGCCUCUGCUCAAGACGAGGACUGCAUCAUCUGUAUGGACCGGCUGUCUUGUCCGUCGGAUUAUGACGUGGCGUCUGAGGGAGCCCAGUCCAUCCAGCCUGGCGCCGUGGGCAAGUUCAAGUGUGGACACACCCUGCACAUGCUCUGCAUGCUGGCCAUGUACAACAAUGGUACCAAGGAUGGCAGCCUCCAGUGCCCUUCAUGCAAGACAAUCUACGGGGAGAAGACUGGGACCCAGCCCAAGGGGAAGAUGGAGAUCUAUAGUAUCUCCCAGUCCCUCCCUGGCCACCCCGACUGUGGAACUAUCCAGAUAAUUUACAGCAUCACCCAUGGGAUACAGGGUCCAGAGCACCCUAAUCCCGGGCAGUCGUACACCUCUAGAGGCUUCCCUCGCUUCUGCUUCCUCCCAGACAACAAAAAGGGCAGAAAGGUGCUGGAGCUGCUGAAGGUGGCGUGGACACGGCGCCUCAUUUUUACAGUGGGAACGUCCAGCACCACGAGCGAGCCCGAUACGGUGGUGUGGAACGAGAUCCAUCACAAGACGGAGAUGAUGUCCAACGUGUCGGGCCAUGGCUACCCGGACCCCAACUACCUGGACAACGUGCUGUCCGAGCUGGCCUCCCAGGGGGUGACCGACGACUGCCUCCUCAGACAGGAGGGCCCCAGCCAGGGGGGAGCGUCAAACUCUAGACUGUGAAAACUGACCCUGAAUCAGUUAUUGAAAUCUGGUUAUGGCUAGGGAGCAUCCGACUGUGAAACUGACCGUGAAUCACUUUCCUCGUAAUGUCGCAACUUCAGCAUAGAGAACAUAAGGGAUAAACCAAGUAUUCACAUUGGUUUAUAUGCAAAGCGUAUGUCUGAGUGCAGUGUGCUGAAUACUACACAUACUGAUAAUGUGGGGUUUGAAUUUACUUGUCUUUACUUUUGACUUUUAUUAGCUGCAGUAGUGCUCCAUCAGCUCUUGGUUUAGUCACCUAGGCUGUCUCAAAUGGCACCCUCUUUACAUCCCUAUAUUUGUAGUGCUAUAUAUAUAGCACUACAAAAGUCCUUUUGUCAAAGAUAAGGGCACUCCAUACUCCAUAGGACUUUUGUAGUGCUAUAUAUAUAUAUAUAUAUAAGGACUUUUGUAGUGCUAUAUAUAUAGCACUACAAAUAUAGGGAUGUAAAGAGGGUGCCAUUUGAGACAGCCUAGGUGACUAAACAUAUAUAUAUAUAUAUAUAGCGGGGCGCCCUUAUCUUUGACAAAAGGACUGUUUUUUUUGGAACAGCCUGAUGUGUCGCACCCCUUUUGACAUGCUCCAUGGAAAGUGCCAGCUCUCGCAGGGAAUAUAGAACAUCAGUAGCACUUUUAGUUUUGACAGUGCAUUUAAUUAACACGUAUGGUAAUUACCAGGUUAUCUGUGGUAGAUAGUCCACUUUUUUUUUAUAUAUAUAAAUUAUGCAAAUACAUUUUUUUCUGUUGAGCAAUGUACUUACUCACCAACUACACAGGCAUAUAACAAAAACAAAAUGGUAGCAAAGUGAGUACUUGUUUGUGUUAAAAUGGAAGAAAAACUUUUAUUGGUAAAUUUUUCAUUUUGGGGUGUAAUUUAAAGCACCGUAAAGGAACAGAUUUGCCUGUAAAUGCCAGUUAAUUUAGAAGCAUAACCCGGAAGAGAAACUUCUCACUUUGCCUUUGUUUCAGUUGUAUUUUUUUCUUUCUUAAUGCAUUAUAAUUGAAAGGUGGAAUCCUUAGUUGCUACAUCCAUGUUUUACUUAAAUUAAUAUUAUGUACCCAUUGAUUCUUGAAUAAUAUAACUUAUAAAUGCCUCAUGAGCUUAGUUCAAUUGUCAUACCCCAUCAGAACCCAAAAUAGAAGCUUGUUACUCCAAUGUUUAAACAAUGUACAUUUAAACAAACUCUGUAUAGCCUCAACAUGUAUAGUUUUAACCAUUUGUAUAUAAUGGAUGGUCAGUCCUUGCAUCUAUGAAUUUGAGAGUGGUUAUGUUUCUCCAGGCCCAUCCCUCAGCUUUUUACCAAAGCACAGACGGGGUGAUCGCUUUGUUUCAAUUAAGGAUUUUAUCUUUAACCAUUUAAAAUGGGAAAACAAGCAGAUUUGUCAUGCAGUCACUCGUAAUUCAAACAAAGCUAGGCCCAUGUUCAUAAAGCAUCUCAAAGUAGCAGUGCUGAUUUAGGAUCAGGUCCUCCCUGCCUAUGUAAUCUUAUUCAUUAUGAACAAAAACACAAAACUGAUCUUGGAUCAGUACUAGUGUCCUACUCUGAGGCGCUUUAUGAAUACGGGCCCUGAUGCUUUGCUACACCCACUUACAGUGCAUUCUAGGCCGUCAUUGAAAAUAAGAAUUUGUUCUUAACUGACUUGCCUAGUUAAAUAAAGGUAAAAUAAAAUUCGGAAAGUA